UCGCUACCGGAAGCCACAGUGAAUAUUUGGGACUUGACAGCCGCAGACCGGCCGAAGUCAUCGGGACUGGGAAAACACUUUACCGCCGCUGCCGCUUCCCUCCCGUCCGGGUUCAAACAGAAAUAACAGCCGAGUUUGUGGCGGAUUUAACGGAUUUUAACGGCUGUUGCUUCGCCCGUCGCCUCGCUUCUCUCAGCGGCUGUUCGGACUGUUCGUUCCCCGGCGGGCUGGCGGCUAGCAUCGGUUACUGCUGCUAAACAUGGUGGCCUGUAGGCAGGCAGAAGAGACGAGCCCAGUCUGGGGAUGUUUAGAGGCUUUUUAAAGGCACUUUGGCGGCGUGUGCCGUGAAGCCCGCCGCUGUGGACACGGUAACGUCCUCCUGUUUCUGUUUUUCUUUUUUUUUAAUUCUUCAGGACUUCGACGUGAAAGCUGCAUUUUUCUGUUUACGUUGAAAACCGAGCAGCAGCAGCAGCAGCAGCAGCAGCAGCGGACCGUCCGUGUUUUGUGAACCGUGGAUAAUUGUAGUUUACUUCAACAAAAAAAAAGAAAAAGUCACCAGGAAAACUUACCCCCCACCCCCUCCCACUAAGAUUUGUGGAAAAAGUUGCAAAACAUGCGCUCACAACUGGAAAAACACUUCAAACAGCACCACGGUUAAGUUUAAUGACCUGAUGUGUUGAUAUUGAAUGACCUGACGCUCUCACACAGGAAUGAAUCGGUGCACAAGUGCAGCCUGCAGGAACUAUUUUACCCUCUGAAAUAGUUGCUUUUAACUGCUCUUCCUUCACUGUUAAUCUGUGGAUUAUUAUGGAUUAUUAUUAUGGCCUAAUCCAAACCGCGCCAGACCGGGAAUUUUGGGAAUAACUGCUGAUUUCGUUGUUGAUGAUGGUGAUGAUGAUGAUGAUGACAGAGAAAAGCGAUGGUUUCCCUUCGUUAUGAUUUUGAGUAGAGAGGAGUUCAUUACAUGGAGACUCGCCUGACAUGCCAAGGAAGGAGUUGCCACUACCUGAGGGUUGGGAGGAAGCCAGAGACUUUGAUGGCAAAGUCUAUUAUAUUGACCACAUUAACCAGUGCACGAGCUGGAUCGACCCCAGAGACAGACAGACGAAGCCUCUAACGUUUGCUGACUGCAUCGGAGAUGAGCUGCCGAUCGGCUGGGAGGAGGCGUACGACCCCGUCGUCGGAGCGUACUAUGUCGACCACAACACCAAGAGCACCCAGCUGGAGGACCCGCGGGCCCAGUGGCAGCGGGAACAGGAGGCCAUGCUGCGGGACUACCUGGCCGUGGCCCACGACGCGCUCAGCGCCCAGAAGGAGAUCUACCAGGUGAAGGAGCAGAGGCUCCGCCUGGCGCAGCAGGAGUACCGGCAGCUCAACGACGCGUGGAGGGACAAGUCCACGUCGCAGACCAGCUUGAACUCCAGGUCGUCCUCUUCCAGCAAGUAUGACCCUGAUAUCCUAAAAGCAGAAAUAUCCACAGCUAAAAGUCGGGUGAAUAAGCUGAAGCGGGACCUGGCCUGCAUGAAGCAGGAGCUGCUGUACAAAGAACAAGGCUUCGAGACGCUCAAAGAGAUCGACCAGAAGGUGUCCAACAGCCCGUACGGCUACAAGCUGCAGGAGGCGCAGGCCAUCCUCAGCGAGGUGCGCUCCAUCCGAGACGCCAUCAGCUCCGGGGAGAAGGAGAAACAGGAGCUCAUGCAGAAACUGGCGGUGUUGAAAGACGGUUUCCAGCUGGACUCGGGUUCGCAGCAGGAGCUGUGGGGCAGCAGUCCCUCGCUCGCCAACUCGGAGCUGUCCAUCCCUCGGCUCUACUCCGACGCCGGCUCCCAGACCGACAUCCCCGCCGAGUUCAUGACCAGCACCAACAAACUGGCAGAGAAGGUUCGUCUGAGUCUGAAGUACGAGGAGGCCAAGAGAAGGAUCGCCACCAUCGAGGUGCAGAUCGCCAAACUGGACAGCGAGGCGUGGCCGGGGCUGCUGGACCCGGAGCGAGACCGCCUCAUCCUCAUCAACGAGAAGGAGGAGCUGCUGAAGGAGCUGCAGUACGUCAGUCCCCGACAACGCCUGGAGCCCAACGACGCCCAGAAGCUGGAGUCCGAGAAGAAACGUCUGGAGAGAGACCUGCAGGCCGCCAGAGACAACCAGAGCAAGGCUCUGACGGAGAGGUUGCGGCUUCACUGCAAGAGGAACAAGCUGGUCAGAGAGCUGGAGGAGAUGGUUCGACUGGCCACGUCACUACACACUCAACUCAAAAGCUUGUCGACCAGCACUCUGUCCUGCUCGUCCGGCAGCAGUCGAGGCUCUCUGACAUCCAGCCACUGCUCGCUGGCCACCACCUCCAGCAUGGGCUCCACUUCCUCCCUCAGUUUCACCGACAUCUACCUGGAGCAGCCCGAGCUGGCCGACCCGGACUUCCAGAACAAGCUGGACAGCCUCCUGCAGGAGGGCGGCCAGGGAGGCUACCGGCCCUCCAGCUCCAUCACCACCAUACACGAACACGAGGUGGUGACGGGAGGUACAGGAACAGGAGGAGGAGGAGGAGGAGGAGGAGGGGAGGCGGGGUCGUCCAGGAUCCAGGCGCUCAGACUUUCAGAAACCCCUCGCUCCAUGAGCUCCUUGUCGCCGCGGUCGUCUCUCUCCUCGCUGUCGCCGCCGUGCUCGCCGCUGGUCACAGACACUAGUUUCCUGUCUGGCGAGGCCUUCGCCGGCCAGACGGGGCCCGGCGGGUUGGGACUGGAUCUGGAGCUCCACAGCAGGCUAGCAGAGCUGGAGCUCAGCCUGGACUCUCAGGAGCAGCAGCGGCGGGAGGAGCACGGAGGUCCCGGCGGGCUGGACGAGAAGCAGAACCACAACGCCACGCUGGGAGAGGAGGUCAAAGACUCGGCUCCCCAGCUGCGAGGGACGGGGGCGGGGCCAAAGAAGAUGGGCGUGACCUCGGCGGUGUCUGACGAAUCAGUGGCCGGUGACAGCGGCGUGUACGAGCCCUCGGAGCGCAAGCCGGGCCUCCCUGCAGACCUCCUCCUGGGCUCCGACGAGGAGCGGUUGGUACUGGGCUGCUCUCAGGUGCAACUGGGAUUCCGCUACGAGUCCAGAGACCAACGUUUCACCGUCUACAUCAUGCAGCUGUCCAACUGCAGCGCCCUCUGUCUGCCGGCUGACCAGAAAGUGUACGUGCGUGCCGUGGUGCUGCCCUGCGUGGAGGCCACGCGCUGCCUGUUCAGGACACGCGGCUCUCUGCCUCAGGACGUCGUGGAGAUCAACGAGGUGUUCGGCAUGCAGAUAUCCCACAGUGCACUGCGGCAGAAGACCCUGAGGAUCGACGUCUGCAACACCAGCAAGUCGGGCCACGAGGAAUGUCUGGCCGGAGCCCAGAUCAGCCUGGCUGACGUCAGCUGUUCGGAGGAAAGAUGCACCAAGUGGUACAACCUGCUGAGCCGCGCCUUCAUGCCCGAGAUCAACAACAAGAACAAAGAGAGCCGAGCAGCCGGCGGCUCCGACACGACUCGUGUUUUCAGCAGCGACAGAGUCGGAGCUGAUGAUGAGUGGCACGGCGAACCUCUGGACAUGUUUGAUGAUGAAGAAGGAAAUGGCGUGGAGGGUGAAGGGCCUCUGGAGGAGGACGAGUUUUAUCCUGACAGCAGCCAAUGGGAAGCAGCAGAAGAAGAAGAGGAGGAGGAGAAGGUGACCAAACCGCCUCCAACGGCAGCCAUCACAGAAAAGGUGAACAAAGAGACGAGUAUGGACGGCAUGUCGUCUCAUCACUGUUCGGUGGUUCGGCCCAAGGAGCGCCGCCCGGACGUCCCCCACCAGAACCUCUUCAUGAGGGGGAACACCAUCAUCCGCUCCAAGACCUUCUCCCCCGGCCCUCAGAGCCAGUACAUCUGCAGGAUCAACCGCAGCGACAGCGACAGCUCCACGCUCUCCAAGAAGUCUCCGUUUGUCCGAAACGCCUCCGAGAGACGCAGCAUGAGAAUGAAGAAGCCUCCUGUGCAGGUUAAAGGUCUGGACGGUCUGCUGAGGACCUCUCUGGACCUGGAGUUGGACCUGCAGGUGUCCAGGACGCGGCAGGCCCGGCUGACGCAGGAGCUGCGGGUGCUGCGGGAGCUGAAGACGCAGCUGGAGAAGGCGAGGCAGCAGGGCCAGAGAGAGCUGCCGGCCUGGGUCCAAGAAGACGAACGCUUCCGCCUCCUCCUCAAGCAGGCCGAGAAACAGACUCGAGAGGAGCAGCUGCAGGAGAAACGGGUGGAGAAGAUGAUGAGGGCAGCAGCGAAGGACGUCCACAAGAUCAGGGGCCAGAGCCGCAAAGAGGUCCCUGAGGUCCAGACCUUCAGAGAGAAGAUGGCGUUCUUCACACGAGCAAAGACCAGCAUCCCCGACCUGCCGGCUGACGACGUGUAGAGAAGCAUUUCAAAGUAUUUCUUCCUCCCUGAUUCUUAACCUGCUGUUCUCAAAGAAAUGAAGCAAAUGUUUGGCGGUGCUAUGAAGAAUUUUAAGAUAUAUAUCUGUAUAUAUAUGUAUAUAUGUAUGUAUAUAUACAUAUAUGUGUAUAUAUAUAUGUAUAUAUACAUAUAUAUAUACACAGAAAGUGUCUGAAUUCAUGUUAUUUUCUGUUCUCUAUAUAUAUAUCUAUAGAACUAAUUUUUCCCACUAUAUAUUAGUAGGAAAAAAAACACAUUGAAAACCAUGAAGAAACCAUUUUAAAGAGCUCAGCAUUACUAAUGUGGAUAGUUUCUGUUUGUGAAUUGGUGACGGCACUGCUGGAGCUUUUUUUUUUUUCAUUUUUUAUUUUUAAUUCCAUACUCUCUUCUACUUUGUUGUUUUGGCGUUGUGUCUCUGUUACUAACAUGCUGUUUAUUGGCUCUUAGGUGUUUUUAAAAUCAUUCCAGCACAAAGUCACACUGCUGCACAUGUGCAUACAAAGAGUUUUUUGUACUAAAAUGACACUUUUGGACAAAAAAAAAAAAAAAAAAAGUAUCGUUAGCACAAAAUGAAAUCAAACAAUGGUACUAAAGCGAAAUAAGCAACUUAAAUAUCUAUACUUACAGAGAUAUUUAAUAUUGAUCUUCAAGUUAUGUGUUUUUAAAGCAUUUUGAAAACAAACACUUUAUACGCAGACAAACAUACAAGCACACACUGCAUUUUUUUUUUAAUUUUAUGUUUUUAAUGUAAUUUUCUCGUGUACAGGCGCUCGUAAAACAUGAAUAUAGAUCCUUGGUUCUUGUUUAACAGUCUGUUAUAAAGUCACUACGAUUUAUUUUCACUACAAAGUUUAAGAAGAGGAGAUAUUUCAACAUCAAACUUUAUUUCUCGUUGCUAUUUGUACGACUUCUUAAGUAGUCUUGAAACAACAAUUUGAACGGUUAGUUACACAUCACGUUGUUCUUCUUCUGUUAUGUUUCUGACAGAAGCGUGUUUGCUGCCCCCCGGUGGUCGAUACACGUGUCGGGACUUGUAGUAUUAAAACACACCUGCUGUUACCACCCGUGACCACAGGUGGCGCCAAAUCAACCAGGACUGAAAUCUUACAGAUAAUAACUUUAAUAUCUCCAAAUCAAACACGAACAGAAACUGUGUUUUUGUGUAAAAUAAGCGAGUCGAUCCCCCCCCCUGAAGCUUGUCUGGCGCACAGAUGAUUUGUAAAUAUUCAGCACGCCUUCUGUUUUAGCUCCGACCGACACACUACAUGGUAACGGAGAGGAAAACUGGAAGUGUGUCUUUGCUUUAUGAACAUUAUGAGUAAAGAAAGAAGUUGUUUUAAAAAAAAGAAAAAGGUCACGUUUAAUGAACUGGAUCUGAUUGUAAUUUUUUUUUUAAAUGAUCUGCGAGUCGAGAUCCAACGGCGGGUUUAUCAGAAGCGAGAUUCUCGUCUCAUUUUAGGUCUAAAAUAAAAAAAGUCAUCAUGAUUGUUUCUCACUAGUUACACACACACACACUUAACAAGGUGUACAAACAGCACUAACUCUCACUAACACUCAGGUAGUUGAUCGGAUAGUCUGCACUUUAAGAAACUUGAGGUAAAAGUUAAAAAAAAAAAAAAAAAAGGAAAAAAAGAAACUUGAUGUGGGUUUUUUGGAAGCCUUUGCCUCACGCUGGAAUAUUGUUGAUUGUUGAAGCACACGAUGAUUGUUAAAACACACAGGAAGUGAAGAUCAAAUGUAUUUUCGAUGACUGUGAACUUCUUACUGAUUGUAUAAUUGUUUGACUCGAAGUAACUAAAACAAAACAAAAACACCCAGAUGAGAAAAAUUGACCAGCAGCUGCCGGCCAAUAGGAAGAUCACAGCCCUACUUUGCUUCUUAAGGCUCCUGUUCUUCACUCUGAUUGGCUGGUUGAAAUAUUCCUAAUAUGUCAGUUUUUAUUCUCCCCUCUGUUUCCACUCUGUAACUGGAUAUUUUAGAUUCAUAUCUGAGUCGCUCUCAUGUCUCUUAAUAACUGGACGUUCUGUAGCUGUUAGCGCGGUGCCCCAGCGAAACUGAACAUCCUCAUUUCUUCACAUCCAAGUAUUUAAAGCUGCUUUAAUAGAUAUUUUUAUAUUAAUAAAGGAUUAAAUGCAAGGAGUUUCUCAUAGUGAAGAACUUAUAGAGAUUUAUCACCCGACUCUUCAGCUCCCGUCAGCUCUGUGAUGCGUUUUAGCGUCUUUCAGCUCAUUGUUUUGGGUUUUGGUUCAUUCUCAAUAAUAUUUAAUACUAUUUUACAACCAAUGAUAAAAAGGUAAAUCGUAGUAGUUCAGGGUGGACUACCUAAAUUAAUGAGAAGAUAGUUAGUUCCUCUUCCUCUUGAAGAGGAACUAAAGUACAGCAAGUCGACUGUUCGAUGACGUUCUGUCAUCAUUUCGUUGAGCCACAGGAAGCUGCGCCCAGCUCGUACUGAUACCGACGAAUAAACUUAGCGGUUUCAUAGAAAAAUGAAUCACAGACUGUGUCAGACAUGCUGGGGCUGUCUGUGAUUCGGACUCUUUUCCUCGAUAGCAGUUCACUGUCUUGCUGGGUCACCGUGCUGAACGUGUAUUCUGGGUACGUUGUGGUAAAUCCACCACAAAGCACAAACCGCUCAUCCAAUCGUCUUUCCCAUUCCCGGUGACGCCUUCACUCUGAGGCUGUGAAGCUGCUGCUGUCAUUCCAGAUGUUUUCCCUUCAUUUUUCAGCUGUGUUAGUUCAUGUGUUUCCUUUGGUGUGUGUUUAUGUUUUAAAACCAACACAGGAAGUUGAUAUUUCCCCCGAUCUCCAGAAAAGUCUGCAAAUUAAAAUCUGUCUUUUGUUUUCUUGAUGAAUAAAUACUGUAAAUGUUUUUAAUCCACGCAAAUGGAAAGAAAAUCACAACACGUUCAGGUAGAAGUAGGAAUAUUUUGCACAAGUAAAUAUCAACACAAAUAUACAAUCAAACACUAAACUCGAUGAUGGGAACUGAAUCAACCGUUGUGAGGACGUUCACACUGCAGGAACUAAUUUAUAUCACAUCAUAUUCAUGUUUUUCAAUAAUAUCAGUCUGAACAGUCGCCUUCCUGAUCAGCAACUAUUCUCAUAAUUGAUUAAAGUAAUUUUUCAUGCAAAAAUAUGAUCUCACCCCAUCAAUUUGCCCAUUUCUUUGUCACAUGUGAUAAUUAGGGCUACAACUACCAAUUAUAUUCAUAUUUUUGAUCACUUUCUUGAUUAAUUGAUUUGUGGUUUUGUCUAAAAUAUCAUAAAAUAGUUU